UCAGUCACCCCUUUCCCCACCGCGACCGCACGUCGAGCAUUCAGUAGACUCGGCCAUUUCUCUCGCGAAGCGUAGAUAUUCGCUCAGCCGCGCGACGUUUUUUUUUGCGACUGCACCGUGCGGGUACUCCCGGAAGUUUUGCAAAAUAACGCGACGCAAAAGGAUGAUACACUCCGGGCGCACCAGGCUCGAGAAAAAAAUAAGUCUGCAACAGUUAGGAGUGGGAGGAGGGGGCCAAGGGGUACUGGCGGUCGAGGAAUCGGAAAAGGGUGGCGGCGGUACCGGUGGACAAUGGUGGAAGCAGCAGCAUCCAUCCUAUCAUCACCAUUAUCACCAUCAUCAUCAUCAACAACACUAUCAUCAUCAGGGCGGUUAUUACACGUCGCAAUCGCAUACUCACAACCCUGUCACUACCAUGAAGCAAUCCUACAUGCAGCUAACAUGGGUGUUUCACGAUGACGAGGCGCAGAUUAACAAGAAACUGCCAAAAGAAUUGCUACUCAGAAUUUUUUCGUACCUCGAUGUCGUAUCGCUAUGCCGUUGUGCCCAAGUAAGCAAGGCCUGGAACGUGUUAGCGCUCGAUGGGUCCAAUUGGCAGAGGAUCGAUCUCUUCGACUUUCAACGAGACGUGGAGGGACCAGUAAUAGAAAAUAUCUCGAGGCGUUGCGGCGGAUUUCUCAGGCAGCUCUCGCUCAAAGGAUGUCAGAGCAUCGGCAACAACUCUAUGCGCACUCUAGCUCAAUCGUGUCCCAAUAUCGAGGAACUCAAUCUGAGCCAGUGCAAGAGGAUCUCGGAUGCGACAUGCGCGGCCCUCAGCAGUCAUUGCCCCAAACUUCAGCGACUGAAUUUGGACUCGUGUCCCGAGAUAACGGACAUGUCCCUAAAGGAUCUCGCGGCUGGCUGUCCGCUGCUCACUCACAUCAAUCUCUCGUGGUGCGAACUGCUCACCGACAACGGGGUCGACGCGCUCGCCAAGGGUUCCCGGGAACUCCGUAGCUUCCUGAGCAAGGGAUGCCGCCAGCUCACGGACAAGGCUGUAAUGUGUUUGGCGCGCAACUGUCCUAAUCUCGAGGCGAUCAAUCUACACGAAUGCAGGAAUAUAACGGAUGACGGAGUUAGAGAACUUAGCGAACGGUGUCCACGGCUGCAUUACGUUUGCCUGUCGAAUUGCCCCAAUUUAACGGACGCGACGUUGAUUAGCCUGGCACAACACUGUCCACUCCUCAAUGUACUCGAAUGCGUUGCGUGCACCCAUUUCACGGAUACGGGCUUUCAAGCCCUCGCGAGAAAUUGCAAAUUGCUCGAGAAGAUGGAUCUGGAAGAGUGCCUUUUAAUCACUGACGCCACCUUAACUCACUUGGCGAUGGGUUGUCCGAGAUUGGAGAAACUAAGUCUGUCACAUUGCGAGCUGAUCACCGACGAAGGCCUCCGACAAAUCGCACUAUCGCCGUGCGCGGCUGAGCACUUAGCCGUCUUGGAGCUGGAUAACUGCCCGAAUAUCUCGGACAACGGUCUGAAUCAUUUGAUGCAGGCCUGCCACAAUCUUGAACGUAUCGAACUUUACGACUGCCUACACAUUACCAGAGAGGGCAUACGUAAACUCAGAGCCCAUCUACCAAACUUAAAGGUGCACGCGUAUUUCGCACCACCGACUCCGCCACCCAGCGCGGGAGCCUCGCGACAACGAUACUGUCGGUGCUGCGUCAUUCUGUGAUUUUGCCUUCAACUCCUAACUCCGAAGUAAAAAUCGUCCGAUAUAUCCACGGGGAAUUAUAGUGGACCUUUAUCGGUGAUCGUCAGCUAUGGCGAUUAUGGGACCUCUCUCUUUCUCGUGGUUACCGGAGGAACGUUCUGGUUGCCUAUCACACAUUGAUAAGUGAGAACCGGGGACUCGUUAUCAAUUGCAAAUCGUUAAAUCGAUUCGAACUCCGAGAUGCAAUGAGUGAAGUACAUCACCAUCAUCAACACAACCACUGAUGCUACUACUGCAAUUACCACUAUGACCUCUGCUGCUGCUACUAUUACUAUUAAUACCGCUGUUACUAUACUUAUCAUUUCUAUUUGUAUUCCGUUAUCUCGAUAUAGUAUGUGCAUCGUUACUCGGUUAUAUUAUGUGCGGGAAGUUAGUUUACAAAGGAAAGAAAUUCUCAGGUUUUCUUUAGCAAUAUUAUCGUUUUUUUAUGAUCUUCAUUUAACGUGAAUUUGUCACGCGGAAAGGAAUGACACACAUACUUUUUGAGCUAUACGCUUAUACUAAGCGUACGUAUUUAAAAGCGUGUAGCAUAUUUUGAUUAGCGUUUGGACGCGUAUUUUCCUAGCGCUACGCGAGCAAGUUUAUCGAUUUACGUUGCUCGAUAAACACGAGAUACUUAUUUUAAGAUAUGUAAAUGCGUAAAUGUCUUAUAAAUAUCUUAAUGAGCACCCGCGCGCGCGCAUACAACCAAUGGGGUGAGGAAGAAAAGGCAAACGAUAGUUUUAGGGGCAAUGGAGUCAAGCAUAAUGCUUACAAUUGUAUCCAGAAAUCGAAUUUCAUAUACACAUACACAUCUUGAUGUGUAACUGUAGCAGUUUCUCAACGAACACUGCCUAUAAUGCUAUUGAUAAACGAGAGAAAAAAGAAAAAUAAAAAAAACAAAUACAAUAUAGUAAUCGCGAAUCGAAUCUCGUCGUAAUGAUAUUUAGGAUAUUAAUAUCGUUUAUCGUAUAACGUAGACGUACGCACAUAAAAUAUGUGCGGUGAAAAUGUUUCUUCUCGGUGUCUGUUUAAAAGUAUUAACAGAUCGCGUGUACGCGUAAUUAUUGAGCGACACCUACGAAUUUCUUUCCUUUUGUGAAAAAAGAAAAAAAACGCGUAUCGCGGAAUUUUUCGAAUUAAGGGCGCACAAUACAAUUUUAAUGGUGGAAAUUUUGACACAUUGUGAUUGUGGACACUUGCGAUAGAGUGAGAAGGAGAGAGAGAGAGAGAGAAAGACGCUCGAGUAUCGUCUUUCAAGUCUCGACUUCGAUUACCACUGCUGGCGUAGCUUAGCAGUGGUAUGCGAAAGAUGCAUUUUACAUCGAUUCGCGGGCAGACUGUAUUCCGUCCGCGAAUCGUACCUUUGAGUCCCGCGUAAAUGUAACUUCUCCUCGACAGCCCGGACAUCUAUUCUCUUUUGUUUUUAUUUUCUCUGUUUUAUUAUCUUUUUUUUUGUAACUUGUCAUGGACUAGGAGAGCACAGACUGACAAAAACGAAUCAAAGCGUUAAUGUGUUAAACCGAUUAACUUCGAGCUAGCGGCGAACAGCGCUGGCGCGUUUUUUACUUUUUAAGCCUAGGUUAUAUAAAAACGGAAUGGCGGCAGUAUCAUGAAGCCAGGGAGUAUCGCGAAGAAGAAGGUAAUUCGGCGAUCUUUAGCCAACUGGAUCUUGGAUACUCCGUGACUACAGUGACGAUGGUGAAGAACAAACAAACAAAAAACGUUUAAGCCAAGUGCUUGUAAAAUUCGAUCGUAAGAUCGGCGCAAAUCUUUCGAUCGGGCCAUGGUAUAUUGUUCGAUGAAGCAACCGACUUCUGCGGGACCUUUGCAGGCGCUAUCGAGAGAUGAGCAGUUUAUUACAAGACGCGAAAUAUUAAAUAUGGUUUCCCGAGGCUGCGGACAGAUCGCGGGAAAAUACAACCCCUAUAUAUACAAAUAUAUAUAUGGAUUUACUAUUUUCCAUUUAAUUGUACACGAGGAAAUUCUACACUGCGUAGUUUCUCCGAAGAUUGUCACGACGGAACGGAUUUGGGUUUCGGAAUCGACAAAAUUUAUUUUGAAUAUAAAAGAGACAACACACACACACACACGUACACACACACACACACACAUACAUACAUACACCAGCAUUGGCUAUAUUUUUAGAAGUGUACUCUUGCCAGAUUUUUACUCGAGAAGAUGCCGAGGACGCAUUUUGAACGCGUUAAUGGCCAGUCGAAGACCAAAACGCGAUAUUUUUAAGCGGUCCAGUUUCGAAGUGCAAUAUCCGUCGGACGCACCUCAACAUUCUCCUUCCUCUGUCUUUGAUUCAUGAAUCGUGAAUCGCGAAUGCGUUAUAUCCUGCUGGUAUAACGACACGGCGCGUGUUGUUAGAUGUGAGCAAAACAUUAAGAAGAGGGAAAAGGAACAAUGAAGUACCGAUUGUUAAUCCUUUGGUAGCACAUAAGGGACAUACCGCGUAUAUAUAUUGAAUAUAUAGCGUGUAACAGAAAUAACGGAUGCGGCAACCUAGAUAUAUAUAUAUAUAUAUAUAUAUAUAUAUAUAUAUAUAAAUAUAAAUAAAUAUAUAUAAAUAUAUAAACAACAGUAAAUAAAUAUAUAGAUAAGAUAUGUUUUAUACGCUGCAUGUGUCAUCCCUAGUGGAGUAACGUGAUCAUUAUAAACGUCUCGUUUGAAGUCAGGUUAAUAAUUAAUAAGCGAUGUACGAUUAUGCAUGACGUAACCGCAAUGAUGCAGGACACACACAUACACAUAUAUACAUAAACACACAUACACAUCACACGCUACCCGCACCCAUGCAAACUUUUCCGAUCCCUCUCGCGACUCUCGAUAUGAGCGUAUUUUUGCGAUUUUUUUUCCGGACUCCGAAGGCGAAUUAUACCUCGCAUACACGGCACUUCGGAAUUCGAGAUCUCUCACGAUUCUCUCUUACGAGCUGAAAGGAGAGAAGUGAAUUCCCGAUUGACUGCGCCUGCCUGCCAUUGGAUUUGCGCGAGUUAAACUCAAAAUACAAAGUCAAUCGCAGUGCCUGAAAUGUUACAAGAUUAAUGAUUCUGUGUAUCCGGCGAAAUUGUUGUCGCGAACGAUCAUAUCGUUUGCCGUGCGAUAAAUUAUAACGCUCAUAUAGAAUGUUGUUUGGCUGAACCAAGGUUUAACUCGGCGUCCGAAUGUCAGUUAGGACAGAUCGCGAUGUGCGCCGAUGAUAAUCACCGGAGGAUGAUUUGCGAAGACGUUUAUUAUAGUAUAGUUAUUGAUCGAUCGGAACAUCUUUAUUGUCAUCAUUAAUUACGUUGCGUUUGCCGUGCAACAAUCAGGCAGCUUGAUAAUCGCAAGAAUUGUCUGUCGAGAAUACCCUUUGAUCUAGGCGUGCGGAACUUGCUUUGACGAUUUUCAGAUAAACGACAUUCGCUUGAAUUUCUGAGAGAAGAGACAAAGUACCAUCACACACUUUCGAUGAUCGCCACUUACAAUUUAAUUAAUUAUAAUAAUCCGCAGUUGUCACCGUUUUUUGAAUCGUGUGUUGUAACGAUAAUUAAGGAAAUAAGAGAUCCAAGCGUUGAUGCCGAAUGAUCGAGUAAGUGUUUGGCUGUGCAAGAAGGAAGGCUGAGUAAGUUUGAAUAGGAAGGCUGUGAAUAGGAAGAGAAAGAAAAAAAAAGAGAGAGAAAGAGAAAACGCGAGCGAGAGUGAAAGGGCGAGAGGGUGUACAUGAGUGUCUGUGUGUAUGCAUGUGUGAGAGAGAAAGAUAAAGAUUCAGAUAUUAAUCGAAGUCAGCGAAAGUAUCCUGAUAUCCGCUACGUGUAUUGACGAAUUGACGGAUCAGUCUUGUAAUAGUCGUGAUAAACCGAGGACGAUUCGCCGAAUCGAUCGGAUCAGGCGGAUCGGCCGUUCUCAAUCAGCUCUGUUUUAAGAAAUAAUGGAAACAAAAAAAAAAAUGUUUCACGUACAACAUUCAUGGUCUACACGUGUCGGCCUACACGUGCCUCCCGACAACCUUAAAGACCUUGACUAUCGAGAGGGCGUCGUCGAACAAAAAGAAAAAAUAAAAUAAACAGAUUCGCAUACGAAUGUAGCUAAUUAUAUUGACACUUCGCUGCUUCGAAAAGCUGCAGUCUACCAUGUAUAUAUUUUCAAUAAUGUAUGUAUAAUAAAAUAUAUUCGAGACAAACUACCAAAA